AAAUAAUUAGCAGUGAAUUAUUUGACAAGCUGCUGUUGCAUAGGAACCACAAUGAUUUGUCUUGCUAAGGGCUUCUACACGUACGAUGCCUUUGUGCAAGUGGCAAGGAAUUUCACGGGUUUUGGCACCACCGGUAGCAUUACUGACCGUAAAAGGGUGGUUGCUGCAUUCUUGGCUCAAACAUCCCAUGCAACUACUGGUGGUUGGCCAGCUCCACCUGAUGGCCCUUAUACAUGGGGUUACUGCUUCAAAAUCGAAAGAGGCAACCCUGAUUCCCGCUGCAAACAUGGCCGUGCGCUCCCGGCAAGAAAUAUUAUGGACGAGGCCCCAUCCAAAUUUCAUAGAAGAUGAAGAUAGGAAAAAGAAGGUUAUGGAGCGAAUAAGGGAAGCCUGUGUUAAAUAUAGCUUCUUCCAGAUUGAGAAUCAUGGAAUUCCUUUGGAGUUGCUGAACAGAGCCAUGGAUUUGUACAAAAUCUUCUUUGAUUGUUCAGAUGAAGAUAAACUCUUGGUCUCUCCCAAGCCUGGAGGAACUGUACCACCUGCUGGUUAUUUAAAAAGUCCACAACAUUCAGACGAGAAGAAUGAGCACUUAUUGAUUCUUAAUGCAUCCUCUGGCGUCAGUGUCUACCCCAAAAAUCCACCUCAAUUCAAACAAGUUUUGGAGGAGAUGAUUUCGCACUUCACCAAAUUAGGGGUUCUAUUGGAGAGCAUCAUAAGUGAGUGUUUGGGCCUUCCUCCUAACACACUCGCAAAAUUCAACAACGAUCGGUCAUGGGACUUCUUGAUUGGUCUCCACUAUUUUCCAGCAACAGAAGCUGAAGAUAAUGGGAAAUCUGCACAUGAAGAUGGCAACUGCAUUACUUUUGUCUACCAGGAUGAAGUCGGAGGCCUUGAAGUGAAAAAAGAUGGGCAGUGGAUCCCUAUAGCACCUUCCAAACACAAACUAGUUGUUAAUAUAGGUGAUGUGAUUCAGGCGUUGAGCAACAAUAAAUUCAAGAGUGCAACUCAUAGAGUGGUGAGACCGAGAGGAAAAAGCCGCUACUCGUAUGCGUUCUAUUAUAACUUGCAAGGAAACAAGUGGGUUGAGCCAUUACCACAGUUCACCAAGGAAAUUGGAGAGUCUGCCAAGUACAAAGGAUUUUUCUACAAAGAAUAUGUGCAGCUGAGAGCAAGAAAAUGGACUCAUCCACCAAGUAGACCUGAAGAUCUCAUCCAUUUAACUCACUACUCAAUUUCUAAUUAGAGAAGUAUGUGAUCAAAUCAAUAUGGAAAGAAACAUAUAUAGGUAUAAUAUGUAUGAUUUCACCUCAACUAUGCAGAUAAUUCAUUUGAGUGUCAGUUCUUCAGUCAGCUAUUGUAUUUCACUUGUUUUC